AUGUGCAAGUGUGAAUUUGCGCAGAGUGUAGCAACGACCGGUGACGCGGAUAUAUCUUUUGACCAUCUACGUGAUAGUGCUGGUACCGAUUUUGCCACUGCCGUGGAAACCCCAUACGAAGAUAGCAUAUCCUGCAACGGAGUCAGCAUAACACGGUUUCCAUGUAUGCUACUUUCUCACGAUUUAUUCAAUGAUUCAUUAUCUAAAAGGCCGGGGACUGAGUUUGAAUUGUUGUUGGGUUCACUUAACGGCAGCAACUUUGACCUUACUUUACAUGCAACAACUGCAGGCUUGUACGUAUUGCCCAGAUUUCCUCAAGGGAAGAUUUGCAUCCAUAAAUGCCUCUUCAACCAAUCCGACAUUAACAUGGAACACUAUGAACUGCAAAGCCUCAGCAAACGCUUGUUUCUUCUCGACUUUAACACAAUCAAAAUGAUCACUUACUCUUUGCCAUUUUCUGAGCAGAUGACACAAGAGUAG